AACCGUGCGUUAAUGCCUGCGACGAGUGUUCUGGAGGCUUUAAAAAUACCGACAUGGAAAUCACUCUCGUCAAAGCUGGUCUCUCUCUUUGUUUACACUCGGGAGGAAGUGUUGCUCCUGCCACCUGUCACGCCCUCGCCCCUGCCACUUGCCAAGGCCGUGGGCGCCGAGAUGUGCUGCUUCUGCAACUGGCAAGGCUGCUGGCACUGGCAUGUGGGCUUGUCAGCUGUCAGAAACACGGCAGUUCGGUCUAUUGGACUUGCCAGCCGAGGCGCCCGAGGGCGGCGGCGGCGGGGCAUUUUCUUGGCAGGAGGGCAGCCUCCAUGAUGGCAUUAAUGAAGCCUCGGUUACCCUGGGAUGAAGACAUUGCUGUUAUUUAUAUUACCCUUUUCCAUAAAUUAGCACCAUGUCAAUCAUUGUUGCUAUGUGUGUGGAUUUACAUUCAAUGUGUAUUCUCACGUCUUUCAAGGACAUAAUGGUAAUUCUCCAGAAUAGGGUCACAUCAGGUGACUGCAACAACUUCUGUAUUUUGCAAUCCAGGAAAGGUCAGCAAACUUGUUCAUAUAUUCUGUCGAAGUAGAAAUCGGACUGGUUCCUGAUUUGACUAAAAGUAAUUUUUCAGAAUACCUUUGCUUAAUUGAUCACGGCGACUUUGGUUUUGAUGGAUUCCUCUCUCUCUCUACUAGCCAGAUAUAUCAAAAUUAUGCAGCAGAACCCUCCCCCCCCAAUUAGCCAUAAUCUUGGCCCCGAUAUCAGGGGAGGGCAUGAAAGGUACCAGGAAAAUUGAGGAUUGAAAUAAUAUAAGAUAAUGAUAAUAUACACAGAAUUAGUCACUUUAUUGUCUAAUGUUGGGGGCUGCCCCCCUGUGACCCCCCUUCUAUGGGGCUAUCAGCCCCCAACCCCCACAAUGAAAAACCAAGAAUUUUUAUGUAUUCAUAGCAGAGUAGAGCAUACGACUGAGAUACUGGAAUGCCCAAUGCUUGGUCUUUCUAGUGUUGUCCCCUGCAGUGAAUAUAUAGAGGAUUCUUUAUUGCAAGGGGUACAGCCCCAAGUGUUCACCAGUAUUGUGAAAUAGCGUCAUUAAGCUAUUGCAUUAUUUGUAAUUUACUAUGCAAUUACCCUGGUACUUUUCAUGCCCUCCCUUGCUAAUCAGGCCAAGAAUUUGGGGUCUGAGGAGGUGCCGUGGAAUAAUUCCUAUGUAUAUGUGUGCUAGAGGAUGAGAGAAAUCCAUCAAUAUAAAAAUCAGUUAUGCAAAGGUAUUGUGAAAAUUUACCACUAUAAAUUAUCAGAAAGGUUUAUCAGAUUUGGUAAUUCUCAAACCUAUAACUGCAACUAUAUGAGACUGUGAUUUCUGUGACCUCCAUCCCAUUGGUGCUGCGGCAAAGAUUAACAAACUUCCACCUUGAGUAUUUAACAGGAUUGAGCUCAGACUGGUUCCUUGUUUGACAGCCAAUCAUUCGUGUGAUUUGUUGACUUCCAGUGGACAUUUGUUUUCCUUUUGCCAGAGUGCCAAAGGUACAGAAAAUGCUUGAGUCUCUGCAUUGAUUUUCCUCUCUCUGGCCAGUCCUGUCACAGCAGACACCCUUUUAAAUAUCUGAUCAAAUUGUUUAUCAUCAGAUUUAUUUAUAUAAUAGUAUGUCUUGUGACCAUUUCUUAAUUAUUUAUUUUUAUUUAUUUAUUGCAUAAACAUAAUAUAGACAGCUACCAUAAAGCAUUAGCUAUACUAUGAAAAGACCAUGUCCUGUCAUGUUAGCUAUAUAUCAUCCUGUGCUUUAGACAGCCACUUCGCUGCAGACAGAUCACAUUAAACCAUAUAGGGAAAGGAAAAGUCCUUUUUUUUAAAAGCAGCUAUAUGUUAAUAGGCAAGAUGUACGGAUACGCUAGCCAGUAUAACAAAAAGGCGCCUUUAUUUACAGUGAGAUGAUAAUGACCAUCCAGCUUAUUGAUUAAAUGAUUGAUUUACAAUUUUACUUAAAAAGUACGAAUGUAGGCAAUUCCUGCAAAGUAUUUACAGAACUUGUUCCUUGAGCAAUGCCAGUGAAUCUAGCUUUGAAUAGAUAAAUCAUUUUAUUCUUUAAUUUUAUUAUAUCAGCUGCAGAAAUUUGUUUAUUGCUCAUUGCAAACAUGAUCAAUUUGUACAGCAGUAAACUUAUUCACACUGGGUAACAUCAUUUCAUAUCAUGGGGGGAAAUUUAAUUUGCUGGUUUUUGCCUAAUCACAUCUGGAGUCAUAUAGAUUCUAGAGUUUAUUUUGUUGGGGAACUAAAUCGAUAUUAGCAUCAUUUUUCAUAUAUAAGUUCAAUAGUUUAAAAUAGAAGUCUUGGUUAUCCACACUUAUAAGUUCUAAAUCCUUCAUUAUUUCAAAUUUUCUUUUCCAUAGCAGUAUGGAUCACCAAUCUCUGCCAAAUGUAACGGCAGGCACAUUAUCACCAGCGCUCCAUCCAACACAAGGUGUCAAGCAUGAAUUAUCCUCGGUAGUAGACCUACGACCUGUUGACACAGGCAUGAGGUCCAUGAGCAGUGAAAUGCAACCAGUGGAGGAGGACUUGCAACAUGUGGCCCAGGACAUUCACCAGGUCAGUCGACAAAUACACCAGGUGAACAGUGGCAUUCCCGUGGAGGAGCUGAGACUGGCUGAAGGGAACAUGCAGUCUGUGAGUGAUGAGCAAGUGGAUCCUCUGGGGGUGACAAGCGAAGACACACUGACAAUGGACGGUGAGAUGGGGGACAUGGAGCAGAAUCAAGACGUGCAAGUUAUCGCUCAUCAGGCCAACCUCCUGGAGGAUGCAUCAGGUGUGAUAAGUUCUGACAAGACCAUCAAGCUGCCAGGGUUUUCAAGCCAGCAGGCUCCUCAUGAGGGUCAUGACCCACACGAUCUUCAGUUGAGCAGCAUAACUAGUGGUGCAGGAACACUGCCCCUUGAUGCCCAGCAUUAUUAUGAAAGCCUCCAGCCAGCACCAAUCAUGGUCUAUGAAGUGCCAGCGGGUAACAUUGUUCCUUUUGAUUCUCUUGUGUCGGUGCCGCUGGGAAAGAGCAUAGGUGAAAAGAAUAAUGAAGGAGUCGACUUACUGCAAGCAUCUGUGAGUGAGACUGUUUAUGCGCAUCAGUCACAGGAUAUGUCUCAUCCAUUAUAUGUGUUGCAUCAGCCACAGAAAAAAGAAGAUACUUCUGAAGGAAUGGUGAUCGAGCAGAUCAACUCCAAUGAUGGUGUGAGCCCAAAUAUUGUUCUGGAAAAUAGAGAUGCAAACAGUUUUAAUAAGGUGGAAGGUCACUCAUCUGGCAUGAUGCCCAUUGGCUCAGAGUUCAGCUUAAUAUCUACUUCUUGUUAUGAUUCCUCUGUCACAACAGUUGCAAACAUGGCGCAUCUCUCCAUGUCUGCAGUCUACCACUCUUCCACAGACACAGAUAGUGAAGUAGCACUAACGCUUGCCAGUUUAGGAAACCCAAAAAAUGAGAAGAUGGAGAGAGACUGUGUGCAAGCUCAGAAUACGGAGCCUUCAGAUGUCAUCCGUGCAGCUUCAAUCAUUUCUGGAGUCACACAACACCAGCAGUUUGAUAACAUACAUCACCAGCCUAAUAAUACCUUGGAAGACCAAAUGGGAAAAAAGGACCAGAAAUCCACCCUUGUCUUGCGAAGUCGAAGGAGCCGCGGCACGACACCUAACCAACAGCAGCAGCAGCAGCAGCAGGACAUGGCAGCCGAGGAAUGCAAGAAAGUGAACAGAAGGAAGAAGAGAAAAGAUUCAAGACUAGUCAAUUUUCCCAAAUCAGAGGAAAAUAACUUCAUACUCCCAGAUAGUAUAAUGCCAGUGAGGAACAUGUCCACACCAUCUAUCACCCUGCAGAAUGAAUCUCAAAAGGAAAACCUUCUUGGUCAGCUCCUUAAGGCCUCUGAACAUUGUGAACCUGCCACGCUUAUACCUGAAGGUGUUGUGGACGAUGUCAUACCUGCUGUCGGCUAUAGGAUUAUGGACAUGACAAACCUGAGUGAGAUGAUUAAAAUGAUGCACAGAUGCACGGGUUCCAUGGGGGCCAUAGUCAUACAAGAGCAGGCCUCCCUUAGAGAAGGAGCUGUGUCUCAGCUCAGUGUGAUUUGUACUGGAUGUCAGGAAGGAGCUGUGUGCGCCACCAGUAACAGAACACUAGCCACUGGACCUUGGGACAUCAAUGCCAGAGUGGAGCAACUUACCAAGGAGUUCAACAUCAAGGAAGACCAGGUCCAGCGCAUGUUAGAGAUCCUUGGCAUCUUCUACCGCCCCUGCGAUCCGUCCCUGCAACCCAUAGCACAGACGAUGGAGAUGGAACCGGCACCAGCUCAGCCUCCGAAGAAGAAAAGAAAAAAGAAGUCGGACACAGAUUCUUCUGGAAAACCCAAGAACUUGGUUUGCACUGUUUGCAAGGAAAGAUUUGUUGGUGAAAACCACCUUAAGAAACACAUGCACAGCCAUGACUUGUCACUCCAUACCUGCCCUUAUUGUCAUGCCUACUUCAAGAAGCCUUUCAACCUGAAGCAACAUAUAAAGAAACAUGAAAACUGCAAGUAUGAAUGUAACCAGUGUCAGCGCGCCUUCACCGACAAGUCCACGUUACUUUGCCAUGUGAGAUCACAACACGAAAAGAGGUACAACAUCCAAUGUGAAAUUUGCCUGAAGAGGUUUUAUCACAGAGCCCACUACAAUGAACACAUGAGGAUUCACACUGGAGAGAAGCCAUACAUGUGUGAGCUCUGUGGUAAAAAGUUCUCAUGGCAUGACAGCGUGAAGAAACACAUGCAGACACACAGUGCGGAAUCAAAAUACAAGUGUAGAUUAUGUGGCAAAUGGUUUAGAUGGCUUCAAGGAGUUCGACAACACUUGCAACAACAACACAAGUUGAAGAAAUGUGAUAUAGAGGCCCAGGUUGUCACUGCAGCAACCGAAACGGCUUCAGCUCUUCCACAGUAUCACCAACAAUCACAGCCUACUCAGCAGCAGCAGCAGCAGCAACAGCAGCAACAGCAGCAACAACCACAGCACAACCACAGUCAAGCACAACAACAACAACAACAACAGCAACAACAGCAACAACAACAACAACAACAACAACAACAACAACAACAACAACAACAACAACAACAACAACAACAACAACAACCAGGUCUUCCUCAGCCUCCUAAUCAGCAUCCAGAUGAUAACACCCCAGGGAGAGAGUACCACACGCUAGAAGCCGCGGCACCCAAUGAUGAUGCAACUAAUCAACAGACCCUAAAUAUGUUCCAUGUGUCAGAUGUGGAAGGGCAACAACAAGGGAUGUUCCAGUACCAUUAAAAGCAAAUGUACGAAUAUAGUUUUCAUUUUUUCAUUUUUUCUUUUCUUUUUUAUCUUUUUUUCUUUUCUCUUUUCUUUCUUUCUUUAUUUUGUUUUUUCUCUUUUCGCCUUUCUUUCUUUAUUUUUCGUUUUUUUCUUACUUUUCUUUUUGAUAUAAGAACAAAUAGAUAUAUAUGAUCUGCAAUAUGGUUGGUGGAAAGAGAGAAAUAGGUAUUGGAACAUCUUAUUGACUGUGAUAUACUUCUCAUAAUAUUCUUCCAUCAUGUCCUUAUUCGUGCUCAGUAAAAGACUCAGGCAGAUUAUUUAAGGUGCGCAUUCCUAUAUGCUGUUCGUAUGCUAUAGUCCCCAUUAUAUUUUUUGAGGUGUAAAUAUGAUACAUAAUGGAGUAAUGUAUUUGAUAUCUUGAAAAAUGAAUUAAGACAUAAAUGUAUGGAUAAUGGCAUGAUAUCCAAAGCACAAUUAUUUUUUGAUGUCCAGAGUAUCCCUGGCAGUUAUAUAAAUUGGAUAUCCCUUUCUUGCUUUCUGUCUUCUGCUUUGUCAUUCUUCCUCUCUUUCUCUGUCUUUCUUUUAUUCUUCCCUUGCUCCCUCUCCUCCUCCUCUCCUCUGCUUUCUUUUGUUCUGCUCACUUCCUUCUCACACAAACAAACACAAACAUAAUGUCACACUCACAGCAUACUUUAAAUGCUGUUUACACUUCCUAGCAUGUGCAUUCUCACUACCUCUUUAUCCAGAUAUACAUAUAGGAAAUAUUUAUGUACAGAAGCUGAUUUAUGUAUAUAAUCUUUUACUCGUAGACAAAUUAUUUUUAACCGUUAUUGAAGUGAGAUGUAUAUACUUCUCAUUUAUGGGUGCUCAUAAUAUAUUGUUCAUAAGCAUUUUUUGUGUAUACUUAAGGCUUGUUAUAGAUGUAAGAUUUGUAAAAAAUAAUAGUAAUAAUAAUGAGUUCUUUUAGAUUUACUUGUUGAUAUAUCACUUACUUUGUUGUGUUUGUUUUACAAAUAUGACAGAAAAAUGAGAAAUAAAAUGAUGUGGAUAUUA